AUGGCGGACCUCGUGCUGGGGUUGGCCAAGUCGGCGGUGAAGGAGACGGCGAAUCUAGCCAAGUCGGCUAUUGAGGACGAGAAGAAGCUGCGGACGAGCGUUCAGCGCGAUCUGAUGCUGAUCUCGGACGAGUUUGAGAUGAUGCACUCUUUCCUCAACGUCUCAAAGGAGCAUGUAGCAGACGACGAUAUGGCGACGACUGCCGUGAAGCAGGUUCGCGACAUGGCCCUGGAUAUGGAGGACUGCAUCGACUCGAUUCUCCACCUGGACAACAAAUCGAGCUGGUGGCGCCGCAUCCUCCCGUCCUGGAUACCUGCGGCGGCACCGGCCGUGGCCCUGGAGAACGCCGUUGCUGGUAUGGAGCUACUCAAGGCUAGGGUGGAAGCCAUGGGUCAGCGGAACCUGCGCUACAGCCGCAUCGGUGACGGCAAUUCUGGCUCUAAUAAGUCUGCCGAGCAGAAGCUGCAUCAGCCCGUCUACAACGCACUCCUCCCUCGCUCUGCCACAGCGAGGGAAACCACGAAGGAGAGGAUCUGGCCAGUGGAACUCGUCAAUUUGAUCAGCCGGAACGAGAAAGGUGUUGGUGGCGUCCUUCAAGUCAUCUCAGUGUUGGGAACCGUAGGGAUGAUGUCCGUUGUCAAGAGGGCCUAUGACGAUCCAGAAACCUGCGGCAACUUCAGAUGCCGUGCUUGGGUGAAGCUGGUGCAUCCUUUCAAUCCCCUGGAUUUUAUCAGGGGCUUGGUGGCCCAAUUCUGCAGAAGCGGUAAUAGUAUCUCCCGAGAUGAAGAAAGCAGCAGCACUAUUGUAGUAGAUUCUGUUGUGGAGAUGACAACAGUGGCAACGCAAGGCGUGCUCAUCGAUGAAUUCAUGAAGCUAGUGAGCCACCACAAGUACCUAGUAGUCCUCCAAGGCGUGUCCACCAUGGAGGACUGGGAGACUGUAAGGGUCUACCUGCCAGACAACAACAACGGCAGCUGCAUCAUCGUGAACACACACCAGUUCGAAGUUGCAAGCCUGUGCGUUGGACAACCACACCGAGUAUUGGAGCUUGAAAAGCUCUCAGCUCAUCAUUCUGUCUAUGUCCUCGUCAAGGAGGAUAUGAUUGGACAAGUUGAGCAGCAAACCAUGGGCCCGGAUACCGCACAUGAUGAAUAUGCACUUUUGGGCCCUCAGGCUGAUUUUUGCUCUCGAUUGUCUAUGAGCGUGACAAGUACUGGUGUGCACUCUGUGUGGGGGAUGUCUGGUGUUGGCAAAUCAUUCCUUGUCAAACACUAUUACAUUGGCCAGGAGGCUAAAAUGAAAAAUACUACCAGUCUUGGUGUCAGGCGCGGUUCUCUUCUCACGUACGGUUGGGUGAAUGUGUCCCGCCCGUUCGAUUUAACGGACUUGUCGUGGAGACUUCUUUUGGAUCUGAAUCCUGGAUUUCUGCAAGACUGCCAGUUGUCAACGAUGAAAGAUCCAAUCGAAGAAUGCCGCCAGUAUCUAUAUGUCAAUGAUUGCUUUAUUGUUAUCGACGGUCUGCAGACUAGAAAAGAAUGGGACUUGAUAAAAGGUGCCUUGGGACUUGAAACCACUACACGCCACGUGAUCUUUGUCAUCACCAACGAAGAAAGUGUUGCCAAAUACUGUGCGACAGACAUUGAGUCAGUGUACAAUGUCAAAGGCCUAGGAGCCGAUCACGCCUUUCAACUCUUGAAGCAGAUUCAUCGCCAUGACGAACAUACAUGGACUGAGGAAGAAGAACUGCAUAUGUUGCACAAGUUUGGUGGGCUUCCAAAAGUUAUAUGUGCUGUAGCUAUGCGCUACAAAAGUUUACUGUGGGAUAUACUCAGAAAAGAUAACCUUGUGUCUUUGUUGGAGGCCGACACAAGACUAGAGGAUCUGUUUUCCUGGCUGCUUGCCUACUUCCAUUCCUGCCCAGAUUUCCUCAAGCCCUGCAUCUUCUACCUGUCAAUCUUCCCUCUGAACCACGCCAUCCGGCGGAGGCGUUUGGUGAGGCGGUGGAUCGCCGAGGGAUACUCCAGAGAAACUAAAGAAUACACUGCAGAGGAGAGAGGGGAGAUGUACUUCUCUACGCUCACCGAUCUGAGCAUGAUCCAGGUGCCAGGAACAACAAGCACAACGUUACAAGAGGACAGCUCCAAGAAGAUUCCCUUGUGCCAAGCCAACGGCUUCCUCCGUGAGUACAUAAUCUCACGGUCCAUGGAAGAGAAUCUUGUGUUUGCACUGGACGGGCAUUGCCGCAGGAACCUGCGACACACUGGACGGCACCUUGCCAUAGACAAGAGUUGGGAUAGAGACAGGAAUGUGUUUGAGAGCGUCGACUUCUCGCGGCUGCGGUCUCUGACGGUGUUUGGUGAGUGGAAACCUUUCUUUGUCUCUGAGAAGAUGAAGCUGCUCCGUGUGCUGGAUCUAGAGGACGCGUCGUCAGGUGUAACAGAUGGUGACGUUGCGCAGAUGGUGAAGCUGCUGCCCCGCCUCAAGUUCCUCUCCCUGAGAAGGUGCAGACAGGUCACUAAUCUGCCGGAUUCCAUUGGAGAUCGCCUGAAGCAGCUACAGACUCUGGAUAUCAGGGAAACAUCUGUAACAAAGCUGCCAAAGAGCAUCAUCAAUCUGGACAAGCUGCAGUACAUUCGUGCUGGCACAGUCACUGGACAUCAUUAUCAAGCUACAGAAACAACAGAAGCAGCAGAGAACCUGCAAGCACAAUCAGAAUCAGCAGCGCCGGUGAAGAUGAAGAGGCUAUGUGCUACUCUUGAGUCCUGCUGCUUGUCCAAGUCGAGCAGACACCACCGCCUUGAUGACAAUUGUGGCUCUUAUUAUCACAGUGGCGUGAAGGUGCCCCGAGGGAUUUGGAAGCUUUUCGACUUGCACACGCUUGGUGUUGUCGAUGUCGGAGCUACCGGAGGAGGGGAUGCCAUUGUAGAGGAGCUCAAGAAGCUUACCCAGUUGCACAAGCUCGGAGUUUGCUCCAUUAACCGGAACAAUAUCCGCAGGUUCUUUUCAGCCAUCUCAGGCCUUGCCCAUCUGGAAUCGUUGUCGAUGGGGUUGCAGCUCGACGAGGAUGACGAUGAAGAUGAAGCUGGCUGGUUAGAUGACAUCUCCUCGCUUCCAGUGAAGCUACGGAGCCUUAAGUUGUAUGGGCUCGUACGUAAGAUUCCAGUAUGGACCAAAGAGCUUAAAGAACUCAGAAAGUUGAGUCUACAGAUGACAAUGUUACCGCAAGAGGGCAUCGAUGACCUCCCUUGCAGUCUAGACCACCUACAGAACAUUCGCCUUUUUUUGUCAGAGUUACAUGAUGGUGAGCUCCAUUUCGGUAGACGACGACAGAUUUUCUUGGGCCUCCUCGAUAUUUCUUUCAGCCCCAGGGUACAGGCUAAGAUAACGUUUCACGACAACUGUUAUCUUAAGGUGCUGAGGAUUCGCUGCUGCGGCGUAUCAUCACUGCAGUUCUCUGGCCUACAGAGUUUGAGAGCUCUAGAGGAAGUCUGGCUUAGGAGUCCGUAUAAUGACGGCCUCAAGCAACACUUGGAUCAGGAGCUUGACUGUCGUCCGGAAGCAGCCAAAGCUGUGUUGAGGCCGGACAAACCCGGUUCGUGGAUCCCAUGGCUGCUGACCAGCUCGUGA